AUGGAGCAUGACAGCGAGAAGAUCAACAUGGACCUGACCAAUUCGCGGGAUCCGGUCCAGAGAAAGGCUGACGCCGUCGCGAUCACCGAGUCCGAGUUCAGCCCCGAGGAGCAAAAGAAGAUUAUCAGCCGGAUCGACCGCCGCCUCAUCACCACGGUUGGCUUCAUGUACUGCGUGUCGCUUAUGGAUCGCACCAAUCUUGGAGCCGCCAUCCUCGCCGAUAUGGGCAAGGAUUUGAUGUUGAUCGGCAAUAGAUAUUCCGUCGUCACCCUUGUCUUCUUCGUCACCUACAUCGUCUUCCAGCCCCCCUCGACCAUCAUCAUCCGCAAGAUCGGCCCGAGAAUCCAUCUGUCACUCAUCACCCUCUUCUGGGGUGCAGUCAUGAUCGGCAUGGGUUUUGUCAAGAACUGGCAAGCCCUGGCUGCUUGUCGAAUCAUCCUGGGUAUCCUCGAGGCUGGCUUCUUCCCGAGUUGCGUCUAUCUUCUGAGCACUUGGUAUACUCGAUUCGGCACCUCAGAACUGCCCAGCACUAAUGUUGUCUGUCGCGUAGACGAGGUUGGCAAGAAGUACUCGCUCUUCUACCUCUUGGGCUGUGUUGCAUCGGCCUUUGCCGGCAUCUUGGCCUUUGGACUUAUGCAUAUGAGGGGCCUUGCAAACCUGAACGGAUGGCGCUGGAUCUUCAUCAUCGAGGGCCUCGUCACCUGCCUCCUCGGCAUCGCUGGCUACUGGCUUCUGGUCGACUUCCCCGAUUCGAAGCGUGCCUCCUGGCGCUUCCUCAACGAACGGGAGCGUGCCUGGGUCGUGGCCAGCGUCAACGCCGACCGGGGUGACGCCAAGCCCCAGCCCUUCAGCCUGGCCAAGUUCCUGCGCGCCGGCCUCGACCUCAAGAUCUGGGCCUAUGGACUCAUCUUCUUCAACACCACCACCAUCACCUAUGCCCUGGCCUUCUUCAUGCCCAUCAUCCUCCGAGACAACAUGAAGUUCGACGCCGGCACUUCUCAGUGCCUCGUCGCGCCGCCCUACGUCCUUGCUGGCAUCGUCAUGUACGCGACUGCCUGGGCCGGUGACCGCUACCGGGUCCGCGGGCCUGUCAUUCUGUUCAACAUGCUCCUCUGUAUCAUCGGCCUGCCCAUCGUCGGCUACCACACCAACCCGGGUGUCCGAUACUUUGGGGUCUUCCUGGUGACUGCUGGAGCCAACUCGAAUGUCCCGGCCGCCAUGUCGUACCAAGCCAACAACAUCCGUGGCCAGUGGAAGCGUGCAUUCUGCAGCGCCACACUCGUCGGUCUCGGUGGUGUGGGCGGUAUCGCCGGCAGUCUGGUUUUCAGGUCUCAAGACAACCCGAAGUACCUUCCAGGACUGUGGGCAUGCAUUGCCUGCGCACUCUUCAACAUCGUCCUGGUGUGCAUCAUGACUAUUGUCAUCCACAUUGAGAACGGCAAGGCCGAUCGCGGCGAGAAGGAGCUGGAGGGCAGCGAUGACGACUACCACCCUGGUUUCCGAUACACCUAUUGA